UUUAUCAAAUGAGUAUUUUUUAUCGUAUAAAUAAGCUGAAGUUUGCUCAAGAAGCGGUAGAAACGACCAGUUAUGGCGGGAACGGGAAACGAUCCGCAGAAACAACUUCUAAGCAUCAUUCGCAAUUUCGCCACCGAGAAAUCUCAAGGAGAACGAAGAGUAGUUACUCUGAGAAAGCAAUUCGAAACACUUAAAUCAGAAUUAAGCGAUGCUAAUGCGGAACUUGAAAAAUCCAAACGCUGCAAAGAACUUGUUGAACAGGAACUUAAAGGCUUUGAACUUCAUUUGUUUUUGAGUGAAGCUUCAGUUCAAACCCUAGAGGCAAGGGUAUCUCUAAUUCAGAAUGAUAUGUCUGUUGUGGAAUCUGAUCUGGAAACUCUCAAGAAUGAAGAAGCAACUUUACGUGAUCUAUUCAUCCGCAACAUGCUUGACCUGAAUGCCAAAAUAAGGAAAUUUCAGGAGAGUAUGGUUACUUGUGACAUUGAUGCAGUAGAAUAUGCAGCUUGUGCAGAUCCAGCACCAGUAACUAUGAAAGAAAAUGACGCUGAUGCUGCUCUAGGGGUUCUUGAAAGUAGGCUUUCGGAGAUACUAUCUCAAACAACGAAAGAGGAUGAUGAAUUCCAAGCUCAACAGGAAAUUUAUAAGAACGUAAGUUCAAAUUGCAAAUGCUAUACAGUCAAGGUCCAGCGUGAAUUGAGUGAUUGUGAAAGAAAGGUGUCUUUAAUGAAUAUGAUAGUCUCAGAAACUAAAGAAUUGCAGGAUCUCACCAUGCUGUCUUCUAAAUUAGAAGCAACAUACAGUUCACUUGGUGAGGAGCUUCAGAACAGAUCCAUGUGCCCGAGAUGUCAUAUGGACAAUUUGGAGGCUUUAACUGCUUCUCUGCAGGCGAAUGAGGAAAACUGAUGUCUUGUAAGUAGUUUACUUCUCCACCAAAUACUUAAAAAUGUUGAUAUCAAUGUUCUGUAGUGAAUGAUACUGAACUUUGUUCAUGCUGUGUGGUUUAAAUUGAAGAAACCUUCCAACAUUUGAUGCUAAAGACAAAUACAUACCUAUCUCGUAUACAAAUAGAAAACAGAUUGAGAACACAAGAUACUGAUUGCUCUCUUGUAUUUGUUUC